AUGGUUGUGCCAACGCGAACAAACAGGGUGUUGCAUGCAAUUGGGGAGGACAAGCAGGCAGUUGCCCGUGAGCGGAAUUCCUCGACUACAUCUGCCGUUGCUAGCGGCCAAGGCAGUAUAUUCAUAUCCGCGGAUCACACUAGCACGACAAGAUGUGGAUGGUACGAGUGUAACGGGCUGAGCCUCGAGUCACAUGACUAG